AUGGACGACCAGCAUCAGCAGACGGAAAAGGCAGUUAUCGAGGAUGCCGCUCCAGAAUAUUCCGAGUUCUCGAAGCCUCGACGAAACUUCAUCAUUGGCCUUGUGAGUGCAGCGGGCCUGUUGGGCCCUCUAGCUGGAGGUAUUUACCUUCCAGCCAUUACGGUGCUACAAGAUGAGUUCGGUGUGAGCUACACAGCCAUCAACGCGACUGUCUCGGUGUUCAUGGCCCUCUGUGCCAUCUCCCCUCUUGUAUGGUCCGCUUUUGCCGACUGGAAAGGAAGAAGGCCUCUAUAUAUCAUGUCCUUAGCAGUUUACCUCGUUGCCAACGUGUUGAUGGCGGCGCUGCCAGCUAAUUUUGGUGCACUGGUCUUUCUCCGCAUGCUUCAGGCAUUUGGUUGCUCGUCAGUAAUUUCAUUGGGAGCGGGAACAAUUGCUGAUAUUACAGAGCCGGCCCAUCGCGGCUUCGCAAUGGCAAUCUUUUUGCUAGGACCAAAUCUUGGGCCCACCCUCGGCCCUGUUCUGGGAGGCGUCAUCACUGGGCAGGCAUCGUGGCGAUGGACGUUUGGAGUCCUCGCUAUUCUCGUUGGUAUCACCUGGACCAUGAUCAUACUGUGCCUUCCUGAGACACUCAGAUCUCGAGUCGGCAACGGAAAGCUAUAUAAAAACAGUAGCUUUCUUCUGCUGCCGCCUCACUUUGCCUCGCCUCUUGCGCCAGAAUCAGAACGCGGCCCUCCACCUCCCAAGCCGUCUUUCGCUGCUUUAUGGAAACUGUUUUGUUACCUACCCAUCAGCAUCUCGUCUUUAUACACAGCCAUAUUGUUUGCCAAUUACUUCGCCAUUGCUGUUGACCUGCCCGUCAUAUUGACGGAUAAAUACCAAUGGUCAGUCACGGUUGUGGGCGGUGGUUAUGUUGCACUGGGUAUCGCCAUUAUCGCCGGCUCUCUGCUCGCAGGCCGUCUCUCUGACUGGCGUCGUGCAAGAAAAGUUCGUGCAUCUGGAAAUAGCGUGAUCGCACCCGAAAGCCGUCUUAUGGACCAAGUAUGGGGCACAUUCAUUUGCGCAGCUGGGUCUAUCAUGUUUGGGUGGUUUGUUGAGAACUCAAUUCAUCCCGCCGCUGUCAUAGUGGCAACCUUUCUAACUGGGUUCGGAAUGUCAUCUGUCCUCGUCAUUACCUUUGCUUUCUUGACGGAAUGCACUCCUCAAGCUGCUGCAGGAGCAAUGUCCAUUGAGACAAUGUUAAGAAACCCUGCUGCGGCCAUCGCUGCUGUUGUAACGCCACCUCUCAUUGGGCGAAUGGGUUUGGGGUGGUACUACACGGGGUUUGCUUUUCUAGACUUGGUGGUAUUUGGGGUCGGAGCGAUUGUGCUCGCGAUGUAUGGCCCUCGUCUGAGAGCAAGCUCAACGAAGGCAAAUUCAAGCGGUGUGGGAACUCCACCACCAGUGAAGAAAGUUGAAUCAACAGAGAAGUGA